UAGCCCCAACGGAACGAUACCGACAUCACAUGAGACCCUUCGUGAGAGCAGACAAAUGUUUAUUCAGAUGAAGACAUAACCCGAGACCUGGCUCAAGCUUUCGCGUCUGACUCCGGGGAUGACAUCUGCUCAGUGAUGCAGUGAGCUGAAUGCAUGCAGCAUCUUUUAUCACAGAGAAAAUGCUGAAAGGGACAGCUCGAGAUUUUUUGGGCUAAAUAAAUCCGGCCUAUUAUUUCUAUUUGUUUAUUCAUUUAUUUUUUUAAAACGGUACUAUGCCGUUGUUCGGUGUUCACAUCCAUAACAAGAGAUAUGCAUGAAAUGGUAUAAUAAGAGGAAAAAAACGCAACACGUUUUUGGCUGGUCAUCAGGGGCUCAAGGUGUCACUCAGCCUUCAUUCAGUAAUGGGAUGACGUCUCAGUGUAUGUCCUGUCACAUCGCCCCCUGCCCCAUCUCCUGUGUCCCUCUCAACUGUCCAUUUGUGGGGUCCUGACGCCAGCAGGGGCCCAUGAGACGCUUUAUAUACUGUAAGGUGGUGCUGACCACCUCUCUGGUCUGGGUGCUAGUGGACGUCUUCCUGCUGCUGUACUUCAGUGAGUGCAACAAAUGCGACAACAAGAAGGACCACUCACUCCUGCCUGCGCUCAGAGCGGUGAUGUCCCGCACCCAUGAGGCGCCAGGUGAAAUGGGGAAGGCUGUGGUCAUUCCCAAAGAAGAGCAGGAGAAGAUGAAAGAGCUCUUUAAAAUCAAUCAGUUCAACCUUAUGGCCAGUGACAUGAUUGCACUUAACAGGAGUCUGCCAGAUGUCAGGCUGGACGGCUGUAAAACCAAGAUGUACCCCGAUGACCUGCCAAACACCAGCAUUGUGAUUGUGUUUCAUAAUGAAGCCUGGAGCACACUUCUAAGAACCAUACACAGUGCCAUAAACCGCUCGCCCAGACACUUGCUGCUCGAGAUUCUGCUGGUGGAUGAUGCCAGCGAGAGAGAUUUUCUAAAGAAAAAAUUAGAGGACUAUGUAGUGACUCUGGAUGUUCCGGUGCGAAUUUUGAGGAUGGAGACGCGAUCCGGUUUGAUCCGAGCACGAUUAAGAGGGGCGGCUGCCACGCGAGGACAGGUUAUCACCUUCCUGGAUGCCCACUGUGAGUGCACUGUAGGGUGGCUGGAACCGCUGCUGGCCCGGAUCAAAGAGGACAGGAGGGCUGUGGUCUGUCCAAUCAUCGAUGUCAUCAGUGAUGAGACAUUCGAGUACAUGGCCGGCUCAGAUAUGACCUAUGGGGGAUUCAACUGGAAACUCAACUUCAGAUGGUAUCCUGUUCCUCAGAGAGAGAUGGACCGACGCAAAGGGGACAGAACCCUUCCUGUUAGAACUCCCACAAUGGCAGGAGGUCUGUUCUCUACUGACAGAAGCUAUUUUGAAGAGAUAGGCACUUAUGAUUCAGGCAUGGACAUAUGGGGAGGGGAAAACCUUGAGAUGUCUUUUAGGAUCUGGCAGUGUGGAGGAUCUCUAGAGAUAGUUACAUGUUCUCAUGUAGGCCAUGUGUUCAGGAAGGCCACACCGUACAGCUUCCCUGGUGGAACUGGUCAGGUGAUCAACAAGAACAACAGACGACUGGCUGAAGUCUGGAUGGAUGACUUCAAAGAUUUUUUCUACAUCAUCUCACCAGGUGUGGUUCGGGUGGAUUAUGGGGAUGUUUCUGCUCGGAAGGCUUUGAGGGAAUCUCUGAAGUGUAAACCCUUCUCAUGGUACCUGGAGAACAUCUACCCUGACUCGCAGAUUCCACGCAGAUAUUUCUCACUUGGGGAGAUCAGAAAUGUUGAGACAAAUCAGUGUGUGGAUAACAUGGGUCGUAAAGAGAAUGAAAAGGUUGGCUUCUUCAACUGUCAUGGAAUGGGCGGCAACCAGGUGUUCUCAUAUACGGCUGACAAAGAGAUCCGAACUGAUGAUCUGUGCCUGGAUGCAUCACGGCUUAACGGACCUGUUGUUAUGCUGAAGUGCCACCACAUGAAAGGAAACCAGAUGUUUGAGUAUGAUGCAGAGCGGCUGACUCUGCUCCAUGUGAACAGUAACCAGUGUCUGGACAUGCCUUCUGAAAAAGAUAAGAUGGUUCUCACUCUCAGAGACUGCAGCGGUAGGCGAUCACAGCAGUGGAUCCUGAGGAACAUGACGUUAACUGUCUGACAGAGCCGGCCACAACCAGUUCAGACCUGAAUCUCGGCACACACCACACAGCACUAGACCUGGAGUCAGGUGUAUGGCCUUCUUCACAGCUCUGUGAUCUGUCAUUUUCUGGUUCAUGAUCAAGUUCAGCAAGGCAUUGAUCAGGAGAACCAAAAACAGCCCAUUUGUUGACCCAUUUGUGACCAGGCUUGUGUCUCUGUUCGUGUAUGGACUGUUUCCUUUAGCGCUCAGAUUCACUGGUCUGGGGUCAGAUCACAGCCCAUGAUCAGCUCUUGGCGAGGUCUGAAUGCUUGCUGUCUCUGACCUGAGCAUGUGUCACUGGCUAUCUAUGCUGCUCAUCCAGUGUGGGAGUUCUGGUGCCUCUUAAUAUCCUACACAUCAGAUCUUUGACAGUAGCCCAUAUGUUUCUUUCAAGAUGGAGUGAUUGUGUCAGCUUCCAUUGUGCUGAAGUGCAUUUAACUCUGAGCACAAUUUUAACUACGCUCUGCUUCCCUUACAGCACCUGAAGGGAUUGUGUGUUGGUCAGCGGAUUGUAUGCCAACUGUAUUACUUGCUGCUGUUUCUCAAAACUAACAAGAUCUCUUUUAGGAAGGCUGCAAUAUAUACUUGACUUGCCUUAGAGGGAUAGUUGCCCAAAAAUAAAAUUAUGUCAUCACUCUUAAGUCCAAACCUGUAUAAAUUUAUUUCUUCUGUUGAACACAUUUUUUUUUUUUUUUAAACCAGGCUCAGGAUUUAUAUUUUUCAUAAUGCUUUGCCAUGACACUCAAAAAUAAGAAUACAAUCUAAAAUUAAAUGUUUUAUAAUGUUGGAGUAGGAUAUUUAGUUAUUUUGUUUCUAUGCUAUUUUUGGAAAUGUUGUUAUGUUGAUGUUGUUGUUGUGAAACUGUAAACUGUUUGUUAGUUAAUAAGUUAUUAACAAAGCACCAUCUAACUCUUUACAUAUGAGUUAAUUGGACAGUAACAAUCUGUUAAUUACAGUGACGAAUAAAGAACUCCCUAUUUGUAUAGAGUUUAUUAAUGCAGUAACUACAAUUUAUAAACUAUGAAUGAACUAUAAAGUAAUAUUUUGCAAAUGAUUUGUAUACUAUGGAAGUCAAUGGCCAACAGCCACUGUUUGGUUACCAACAUUCUUCAAAACAUAAAAUUUUGUGUUCAACAGAAGAAAGAUAGAUAUCUUUUGGGUCAACUAUCCCUUUAAGGAAAUUUAACCAAAAAACAAUAAGGUUAAUUAGUAAACAUUAGUUAACUACUUUAGUUAACAUGAACGAAGAAUGAGCAAUACUUAUACAGCAUUUAUAAAUCCUAGUUAAUGUUAAUUUCAACAUUUCAAUCAAAUCAAGUUGUGCUUGUUCACAUAAGUAAAUUUACUGUGAAUUGACAUGAACUAACAAUGAAUGACUGUAUUUUCAUUAACUAACAUUAACGAAGAUUAAUACAUACUGUAUUAAUUAAUACAAUUAAUAAAUUCAUUAAUUAACAAUAAAUGUACUGAAAAUGGUUAAUUCAUGUUAAUUAAUGCAUUAACUAACAUCAACUAAUGGAACCUCAAUGUAAAAAGCUCUUUAUUCAUUUUGUUUAAGCUAUUAGUGUGUUAUUUUUAAACAGCAGUUAAUUUUGAUAACAUGAUCCUGGAAACACAUCCAUACAAAUUAUUAACUAGGCCUUUUUGAGGAUUAAUGUACGUAUUAAAGCAAAUAUUUUUCUAAGAUGAAAUCCAAAACUUUAGAGUAAAAAUGGUGAGUGUUACUGCUAGGUGUAUCUCAAAUAUGUUACAAAUAUACUGUUCAACUCUAUGCAUUGCUACUGUAUGUACACAUCUAAUGCAUCCACCAUGUUCUGUCAAUGUCUGUUUAAUUCAU